ACGUGAGCGCCUGCGUUUCUUCUCCAACCCAACGAUGCCGCCGGAACGUAGAAGCCGAACGAAACCGGACCGGAGAACCGGAGGGAGGCUGGACCGGAAGAGCCGAAUGAAGCCGGACCGGAGAGCCGGAGCAGGGCCGGGCGGGCCGCCCCGAAAGGCUGCUCCUUCAUCCCAGCGGAAACCGCCGGCCCGGCCGAGCGCAGCGGCCGCUGCGAUCGCAGUCGCGGCGGAGGAGGAGAGACGGCUCCGGCAGCGGAACCGCCUGACGCUGGAGGAGGACAAGCCGGCCGUGGAGCGGUGCCUGGAGGAGCUGGUGUUCGGCGACGUCGAGGACGACGAGGACGCGUUGCUGCGGCGUCUGCAGGGCUCGCGGGUUCAAGUACAGGAAGACUCAGGUGACUCGGAAGUGGAGAAUGAAGCAAAAGAUAAUUUUCUAUUCCGAAAGAAGCCAGUUUGGGUUGAUGAAGAAGAUGAAGAUGAUGAAAUGGUUGACAUGAUGAGCAAUCGGUUUCGGAAAGAUAUGAUGAAAAAUGCCAGUGAAAGUAAACUUUCAAAAGACAAGCUUCAAAAGAGACUUAAGGAAGAAUUCCAGCAUGCAAUGGGGGGAGUACCCGCCUGGGCAGAGACCAAUAAGCGGAAAACAUCUUCAGAUGAUGAAAGUGAAGAAGAUGAAGACGAUUUGUUGCAAAGGACUGGGAAUUUCAUAUCCACAUCAUCCUCUCUUCCUAAAGGAAUCUUAAAGCUGAAGAAUUGUCUCCCUGCUAACGCGGAGCGUCCUACUACCGCUCGGGUCUCGUCCGUGCAGUUCCAUCCCCGCGCGCAGGUUGUGAUGGUCGCAGCGCUAGAUAACGCUGUGUCGCUGUUUCAGGUUGAUGGAAAAACAAAUCCUAAAAUCCAGAGCAUCUAUUUGGAAAAGUUUCCAAUCUUUAAGGCCUGUUUUAGUGCUACUGGGGAAGAGAUUUUAGCCACGAGCGUCCACAGCAAAGUUCUUUAUGUCUACGAUAUGCUGGCUGGAAAGUUAAUUCCUGUGCAUCAAGUAAGAGGCUUGAAAGAGAAGAUAGUGAGGAGCUUUGAAGUCUCUGCAGAUGGGUCCUUCUUGCUGAUAAAUGGUGUUGCUGGAUAUCUUCAUUUGCUGUCAACGAAGACUAAAGAACUGAUUGGUAGCAUGAAAAUUAACGGAAGGGUUGCAGCAUCCACGUUCUCUUCAGAUAGUAAGAAAGUAUACGCCUCUUCAGAAAUCGCAGAGGUGAAAUGGGUGAGGAGCACCUUUGUGGUGAGCGUAGUCAUUCAGAAAUCUUCAAAUGGGUGUGAGGAAGAGGGUGACUAUCAUUCUAAUUGUGGAGUGGUAAACAUAUACAAUCAAGAUUCUUGUCUCCAGGAAACAAACCCAAAGCCGAUAAAAGCUAUAAUGAACUUGGUUACAGGUGUUACUUCUCUGACCUUCAAUCCUACUACAGAAAUCUUGGCAAUUGCUUCAGAAGAAAUGAAAGAAGCAGUCAGAUUGGUUCACCUUCCCUCCUGUACAGUGUUUUCCAACUUCCCAGUCAUUAAAAAGAAGACUAUUUCUCUUGUUCAUACCAUGGAUUUUUCUCCCAGAAGUGGAUAUUUUGCCUUGGGGAAUGAAAAGGGCAAGGCCCUGCUAUAUAGGUUGCACCAUUACUCAGACUUCUGAAGAGAAUAUUUGAAAUCCAGUUGAGCCACGGGAGAAGCCCAUCUUGAUAGAUCUUCUCAGAAACUUUCGGAAUGUGUGAUGAUGUAUGUACGAUGAUUUAUUGAGCCAGCUGUGCUUAUUUAAGUUAACAGAAAUGUCUUAAUAAACACAUAGCAACUUUUGCUUGAAAAUAAA